AAAACACACAGCACCGGUAUUAGACGACCGCAGCAGAGAACGCACGCCAACCACCAAGCAGCACGUCGGCCAAAGCUCAACGCAGCAGCGCCUCUCACCUACUCACUCACACACAACUGUGUGUUUUUGUGCGCGCACUCACAUAUUGAUGUACAUGAGACCGAGCAGCUCUCCCUCUCUAAAGACACUAUCACUAUUAAGAACAGUCGAAUAGACUGCGUGAACUUCGAAGUUUAGUUCCUAUAUAAUAUUUAGAAUCAGAACGCGAUCACUACUACUCUCGUUUGGUCGAGCAGCUUGCGCUCUUGACGUCUCGCGUAUCUCAGCUCUUCUAACCAACAAACGUCUAAUAUCUUAUAUUUUAGUGAUUUACCCAACUCAAACCGGAACGACUAAUGCACACUUAAACAAGUGUGAAACAUUUCUAUAUUAACUUCGAGUUUGUCGAUUGGCUUAACAACAAGUAUUUUACAAAAUAACUUUCAAAGCAAACAUACGAAAUACAAAAGGAUACUGAUUGUAAUACAACCCAAUUGGAGUAUUGUAUCAAAUAAUCUUGCAUCGAUUUAAUUUGAAUUUUAUGAUUCAUCCAACAAUAUGGUGUACUACUCAGCUAAUCAGUUGCUGAUAAAGACAGAGCAACCCAACCAGUCACAGUAUUGCAUUCAGACACCGCUCAUUACGACGAGCAGUGGUAUUGGGAGUAGCUUAGCCCCGACUAACGGGAAUGAGCAUUACGAGCUGUUGCAGACACCACAGCAACGACAGUUGCAGUUACAGGAACAUCAGCAACUCACUAACUACCAGCUCGUCCUGCAACAACAACAGCAUGAAAGUAUUAUAAAUAUAACAUCAUCAUCAGCCGGAGCACCAGUAUCAGCAGCCCAACCUCAAAUCAAGUCAGAGUUGCCGCAUGCAUUUGAAGCUGCAACCUUAUCUAAGGCGACUACAGUUGCUGCUGCUUCACGAAAACCGAACACUAACAAGCCACAAUUCAAGUGCGAGCAGUGCGGCAUGACCUUUGGCAGCAAAUCGGCGCACACUUCACAUACCAAGUCGCACGCCAAGAACACGGAUAUGGCCUUGAGCUUAAAGGGUAGUGGUGCCUUGGGUACAGGAGCUACAGCCCUGCCCAUUGAACUGAACGAUGCGGGUCUACCAAUAGGCAUUCCAAAGAGUCCGACCAUCAAGCCAAUGGCAAAUGUGGCAGCUGGAGCUGAUCCAUAUCAAUGCAACGUAUGCCAGAAAACAUUUGCUGUGCCCGCACGAUUGAUUCGACAUUACCGGACGCACACCGGCGAGCGUCCGUUCGAGUGCGAGUUCUGCCAUAAAUUGUUCAGUGUCAAGGAGAACCUGCAGGUGCACAGACGCAUCCACACAAAGGAGCGACCAUACAAGUGCGAUGUCUGUGGACGUGCGUUCGAACACUCUGGAAAGCUGCAUCGCCAUAUGCGUAUACACACAGGCGAGCGUCCUCACAAGUGUUCCGUGUGCGAUAAGACAUUUAUACAAUCCGGCCAAUUGGUGAUCCAUAUGCGCACGCACACUGGCGAGAAGCCCUACAAGUGCCCGGAGGCAGGAUGUGGCAAAGGAUUCACCUGCUCCAAACAACUCAAAGUGCACUCACGCACUCACACUGGAGAGAAACCCUAUCACUGUGACAUAUGCUUCCGUGAUUUUGGCUAUAAUCAUGUACUCAAAUUACAUAGAGUUCAACAUUACGGCGCCAAGUGCUACAAAUGCACUAUUUGCGACGAGACCUUUAAAAACAAGAAAGAAAUGGAAGCCCAUAUCAAAGGUCAUGCCAAUGAAAUUCCCGAUGACGAGGUUGAGGGGUCAGCGGCAGCAGCGAGCAGUAGCUCUACUUCUUCCACCUCUGUUAUCAGCAAUUCGGAGAGCAGCAAUAACUCGCCACCCGGCUCACCCCAAGCUGUGAAAAAGUCACGUCAAUCACGUAGCAUUAAAGUAGCAGCAGUCGUAGCUGCUGAGCCAUCGCCAUCGCCAUCGCGGUCGCCUUUCUCGCCAAGCUCAAUCAGUUCUACAUACUCGCCAUUAAGCAGCCGGGCAUCGCCUCAACCACAGCUUGUUGCGACGUCAGUGACAACCGAGCCGGAAGCCCUCAGUUGUGACAGCGGCGUUUCCAGUGCUCAGCACGUGCACAACUACCCGGAUGAGGAGUUGCCCACAGAUCUUAGCAUGCAGCAGCCCCCUUCACAGAUGAUGUAUUAUCAACAGCAGCCACCGGCGAUAGGUUUACCCUGUUUAGUGGAUUUACAAACGCCGCCACAGCAUUCAUCGGUAUCUGGCUUAACUAUUAAUCCUGCACUCCUUGAGGCGGCCAGCAUUGCACGUCUGGAUCAUGACAACGACUUGGAUGACAGAAAAAAUACGAACAGUAAUGCACAUGACCACAACGAAGACGAGAACGAUGUACAAACAGCCGCUUGGCAAAUGAUGCAGCUGCGCCGUGGACAUGGAGUCAGCCCAACAUCGACAGCCUCACCUCCUUCCACGCAAAAUUCUAAUCAAUCUACUAUGCAAUUGAAUGAUUUGUCCGCUAAUUAUGAUGAUGCCCACGAGGCAAAUGUGCUCAUCGAUCAUUUCAAGCGCGGUGAUUUGGCACGUCAUGGACUCCAUAAAGGCUAUGCACCAGUACCAAAAUAUGAAUCUGCCCUACCCAACUCGGACAUUGUACGUCGCGUUGAGGCAGCCAUUGGCUUGCGAUCUAGUACAGAAUCGCCGGAGCGCAGCUCGUCUCCUGAGAGCGAUUCCUUAAUGAUGGCUGAUCGCAAUGUGAUGACAUUGCCGCUACGCAAGCGAAAGCAUUACAUGAACGAGGGCGAGCCCACCAUUGGGAUCAGCAGAAGCAGUGGCGAAAGUGCUGCCACCAUUACAUCCGUUGUACCAUCGUCAUCAGUGACGCCAGAUGCCACCAAUGGCGCCAAGGUGAUGCGUAUGAGCUCCGUCAUACAAUUUGCCAAGGCAUCGUAAUGGGAAAUACUAGCAAGCCAAUCAGCAUAAAGACUGUAUACAAAGUUACAUGACAUGCAUAGAAUUGCCUGUCUUUUUAUUUAGCAGCGAGAAAUGCCAAAAGUAUUAUACAAAACUUUUUUUAUUUAUAACAUUAUCAUCCUAUUAUGUGUUAAAUACUUUUAAUACUUUGCUUAAGUUUUCACUUAAUUUUUGUUACACGUUUCACGUUUCAUCAACUUGCAUCGCGUAAAGCAUGUGGUGUGGUAUAGACGCAAAUCAACAAACAAUGAAGCCCUACCAGUAAAUCUUAAACCGUAACAAUAAUAAGCUGUGUACGUAUGUUACGUACUAAAAUAUUUUAAAACACUAAGACAAAAGAAGGUCAUAUUGGCAUUAAUUGUUGCAUCAUUAGUAGCAGCAGCAACAAUACAAUUUAUUACAUAUGUAACUACAUAUUGUACGCCUAUAAAUCCCCCAAUAUACUAUAAAUAAGUAACAUAAAAAAAAAACUGAUUUUACAUGCAUUUUAUAUUUUAUACAUAUACA